AUGGAAUUUGAUUGCGAGGGUCUGAGACGGUUGCUUGGCAAGUACAAAUUCAGAGAUCUAACUGUGGAAGAGCUAAAGAAUGUCAAUAUGUUUUAUCCACAUUUCAGAUAUUCUGUGGACACCUAUGUUUUUAAAGAUAGUUCCCAGAAAGACCUGCUGAAUUUUUCUGGCACUGUUCCUGUGAUGUACCAGGGUAAUACAUACAACAUACCAAUUCACUUGUGGAUUUUGGAUUCUCACCCUUUUGCUCCACCCAUUUGCUUCUUGAAGCCAACUGCAAAUAUGGGAAUCUCAGUUGGAAAACAUGUGGAUGCUCAAGGCAGAAUAUACUUGCCCUAUCUCCAAAACUGGAGCCAUCCCAAAUCUGUCAUUGUUGGAUUAAUUAAAGAAAUGAUUGCCAAGUUUCAAGAAGAACUUCCCCUGUAUUCUCUGCCAUCAUCUGAUGAGGCACGGCAGGUAGACUUGCUAGCCUAUAUUGCAAAAAUCACUGAAGGUGUCUCAGACAUAAAUUCAAGAUGCUGGGAAAAUCAUGAGACUAAAACAGUUAAUAAAAUUACCGUGGUUGGAGGUGGGGAGUUAGGCAUUGCCUGCACAUUAGCACUUUUAGCAAAGGGCAUUGCAGACAGGCUGGUCCUCUUAGACCUCUCAGAAGGAACUAAAGGAGGAACAAUGGACCUUGACAUCUUCAGGCUGCCUAAUGUGGAGAUCACCAAAGAUUUGUCUGCCUCUGCUCAUUCCAAGGUGGUGAUCCUCACAGUCAAUUAUUUGGGUAGUUCUCAGUCCUACAUCGAUGUGGUGCAGAGCAAUGUUGAUAUGUUCAGAGCCCUUGUCCCAGCUCUGGGACAUUAUAGUCAACAUGGUGUCCUGCUUGUUGCAUCUCAGCCAGUGGAAAUCAUGACCUAUGUGACAUGGAAGCUGAGUGCAUUUCCUGAAAAUCGAGUGAUUGGAAUUGGAUGUAAUCUGGAUUCACAGAGAUUACAAUAUAUUAUUACAAAUAUUUUGAAAGCACAAACUUCAGGAAAAGAAGAAGUAUGGGUUAUUGGUGAGCAAGGAGAGAACAAAGUGCCCACAUGGAGUGGCCAAAAAGAAGCAAUGAGUCAGAACUCUAAGGUGCAGCUUUCCAACAGAGCCAUGGAACUGUUACGGGUGAAAGGUCAAAGAUCCUGGUCUGUUGGACUGUCAGUAGCUGACCUGGUUGACAGUAUUGUGAACAAUAAAAAGAAAGUGCAUUCUGUGUCAGUUUUAGCAAAGGGAUAUUAUGAUAUAAAUAAUGAAGUAUUUUUAAGUUUGCCUUGUAUCCUUGGAAACAAUGGGGUAUCUGAAGUCAUCAAAACCACAGUGAAAGAAGAUAUAGUGACUGAGAAACUCCAAAGCAGUGCCUCAUCAAUCCAUGGUCUCCAACAGCAGUUAAAACUUUGAUCCUAAAGCAUGGAGUUACCCAAAAGGAAAGGUCAUCUGGUUUUGCCAACAAAAAAGAAGUUGAAAACUUCUCUGUCUUAUUAGUUAUUCUUACAAACUGCUUGGUUAAGAUAGAUGACUUCUUAGUUAGUUUUGUAAUUUGAAUCCGUAGAGUUAGAUAGGAGAUGGAAAAAAACACUAAUUUUCUUUGGAGUUUUCAAGAUCUGUAUGCCAUCUUUAAACCUAUAGCAGCGAUAAACACUUAUCUGCAAUAUGCGUUAUUUUAAAUUGUGUACCCUAAACUAGAAGCACAUUGGGAGUAUUUUGAAAGUGAAACAUUUUUUAAAGAAAAUUAUUCUUUGGCUUUUAUCUUAAAAACAUAAACAGCAAAAGGCCCGGUAUGGAUUUACAAAGUCCGUAGAUGUACAUGCAUAG